AUGGUUUUUAAUCGUAGAGAUUAUGCCGGUGAUGUCAAAACAUCAGAGUACAGCGGUUUGACCGACGACGAGAUUUAUGAAAUCCAGGAAGCCUUCAACUUGUUCGACACCGAGGGCUCAGGCACGAUUGACCCCAAGGAGAUCAAAUGUGCCAUGCAAAGUCUGGGCAUAGACAAGAAAAAUCCCCUGGUCUACCAGAUUGUGGCUGAUAUGGAAAAGAUGGGCUCCUCCGCCAUUAGUUUCAACGAUUUUCUCGAGUCGAUUACUCUAAAGCUCGGUAACAGAGAGAGCAAGGAGGGUAUUCGCCGCAUCUUUAACCUCUUUGACGAGGACAAUACUGGUACCAUUACAUUCCGCAACCUGAAAAAGGUCGCCAUAGAGCUGGGCGAGAACUUGACGGAUGAAGAGUUGCGUGACAUGAUAAACCGCGCCGAUUCCAACGGCGACGGUCAGCUGUCGUUUGACGAUUUUUACGCGAUAAUGGCCAAGCGUACUUUUGUCUAG